AUGAGCGAGCACCUUCUAAAGGACAUCUCAUCCGAGAUGGAAAGGCUAGAUGCCGACUGUAUAAUAUUCUACGGGUCCGAGACAGGCACCGCUGAGAGCUACGCGACUCGGCUGGCCGCGGACGGUCGGGGGCGAUUCGGCCUUGAAAUCGUCAUCGCCAAUCCCGCCGAGUACAACUUUGACAGACUCGACAAGCUUGCCACUGAUAAGAUUGUAGUAUUCGUCCUGGCGACAACUGGCGAUGGAAAGCCAACAGAAAACGCCACAAACCUCUUCAACAGCGUUGCAGGAGAAGCACCAGCCCUCCUUAGGCUUGGAAAUUCGCCGCUACAGUCUCUCAAAUUCAUGAUAUUCGGCCUCGGGGAUAGCACCCACGACCAUUACAACGCCAUGGCCCGAAGCGUUAACCUCGCCCUCGUCCGUCUCGGCGCAACACGUAUAGGCGAACUGGGUGAGGGCGACGACGGCGAGGGGACCCUGGAAGAAGAUUUCCUCGCGUGGAAAGAAAGGGCGUGGGCCGCACUUGAACACGUCAGAGGACUACGUCAGGCCGACCCCGAACAUGUAUAUGCUUUGGACGUAGUUGAGCAGCCACAUCUCGGUAAGGACUCUGGUGUGGUUUAUGCCGGCGAGCACAAUGAACAGCACUUAAGGGGCUCUGUAGGCGGUCCGUUCGACAGCCAAAACCCCUCCAUUGCGCAAGUAUCGGAGAUACGGGAGCUAUUCAAAUCCCCAGACCGAAACUGCCUGCAUUUGGAUGUCGACAUCACCGGCAGCGACCUUUCCUACCACACGGGCGACCAUGCCGCCCUGUGGCCGAUGAACCCCAACGAGGAAGUCGUCCGCCUUCUGGGAGCCCUCGGCCUUCUAGACAAGCAAGAGAAGGUCAUCAGGAUCCGGCCGAGAUUGCCAAUGGCCAGCCUACCACCCAGUCCUACCACUUACGGCGCUCUUUUUCGCCAUUAUCUCGAUAUAUGCGGGCCAAUCUCGCGCGAUUUAGUUGCUGCUCUCGCGCCAUUCGCGCCCGAUGCGACGGGCCGCGCGGAAAUGGUUCGCCUAGGUAGUGAUAAAGCCAAGUUUGCCGAAGAGGUUACUCGGCCGCAUAUGAAUCUUGCGACGCUCCUGAACGCAGUAGGAAGGGGCAUGACAUGGGACAAGGUCCCUCUGCCUAUCCUUAUCGAAGGGAUUCCGAGACUAAGUCCACGCUACUACUCCAUCUCGUCAUCUUCCCUGGAGGAGCCCAGAAACAUGUCCAUUACGGCCGUCGUAGAAGCCCGGCAGGUGUCACGCGGGCGUCGUUUUUACGGCGUCGCAACCAACUACUUGCUUGCCCUCAAGCAGGCAAGAGAUGGCGAGGCACGGCCCCUGGCGAUGACAUAUCGCAUCGCCGGACCGAGAAACGAGCUCCAAGGGUUCAAGGUCCUAAUCCACGUCCGCCACUCCAACUUUAGGCUGCCUGCGAGCCCGCUGUAUCCCAUCAUCAUGGUCGGCCCGGGCACUGGCGUCGCGCCUUUCCGAGCCUUUCUCCGGGAACGAGUGUACCAGAGUUUCCACGGCGCACGGGUCGGUCCCAUCAUGUUAUUCUUCGGAUGCCGCCACCCACAGCAAGACUUUCUCUACGAAGAAGAGUUUGCGGGGGCGAAGCGGCGCCUUGGUGACGGUUUCCGACUGAUUACGGCCUUUUCCAGAGAGGGCAGCGAUAAAGUGUACGUGCAGCAUCGCAUGAAGGACAUGGCUGCUGAAAUCAACAACCUGCUGCUGCGCGGCGGCCAUUUCUACGUCUGUGGUGACGCUGCCAACAUGGCGCGAGAGGUCAGAAGCGCUCUGGCGCAGAUUAUCGCCUAG